AGCAGCCAGGGAGGCGAGUACUGAGUCCAGCAUCUGUUUCUCGCUCAUCUGUCCAGUAGUUACCGGGAGUCUCUACCAUAAAACUUCUCAAGUGUUAAAGUGUUACUCUCACGUGUGUCGGGGAGGUAUGGUUUCCACCCCAUGACGCCCACCUGGCUCUAGGAGACACGGAGUCACAGCAGAGGUGGGUGGGCGAGGGUAGACCUGAACAGAAUAAAGUCCGCUGUGGCCACCAGGCGGUCCCUGGGAGGAGCGUUUGUGCUCCUGGCUGCGAUAGAGCACAGAGGUGCAGAGCAGGGAACUCCAGGCACAGCGAAACUCCAGGCACAGCGCGGCAGGGAGGCUUGGAGGGAAAGGCCAGGCGCAGUGGAGCGCACAGGGCCGCGAUGGAGACGUUUCCCUCUAUCUGGAAGAACCUACGUUGGCCAGGAGGCGCUGGGGAUGUCCCUGACACCGUCACUCUGCAAAGCCCAGACCUCCCAUUCUCCAAUCCCCAGGGGCCCCCACAGGCGUCCCCUCUCACGGCCGUUCUGCACGGCCCGGCGGGAGUGGGGAAAACCACGCUGGCCAAAAAGUGGAUGCUGGACUGGUCAAGCGGCCGCCUGCCGCUGCCCCCCGGCUCCGCCUUCUACCUCAGCUGCAAGGGGCUCAACCGCCGCGCGCCCUGCAGCCUGGCGGAGCUGGUCUCCGGGGCCGGGCCCCCGGGCCAGGCCGUUCCCGAGCUGCUGGCCCCGGAGCAGCAGAUCCUGUUCAUCCUCGACGGCUUCGAGGAGCUGAGGGUGCCGGCCGGGGCGCUGCUCUGCGACUUGAGCGGGGACUGGCGGCAGCCGCAGCCGGUGCCGGUGCUCCUGGGGAGCCUGCUGCGGAGGAAGGUGCUGCCCGGCGCCGCCCUGCUGGUGACCACGCGCUCGGGGGCGCUGGGCGAGCUGCGGCCCCUGGUGGAGCGGCCGCUCCUGCUGGAGAUGCGGGGCCUGGCGGAGCCGGCCAGGAGGCGCUACUUCCUGCAGCACUUCGGGGAGGAGGCUCAGGCGCGGAGGGCCUUCGGCCUGAUGAAGAGCAACACGGAGCUGUUCGGCCUGGGCGCGGCGCCCGCCGUGUGCUGGCUGGUCUGCACCUGCCUGCAGCUGCAGCUGGACCGCGGCGAGGACCCCGGCCCCACCUGCCGCACCACCACGGGGCUGUUUCUGCGUUUCCUCUGUGGCCAGUUCCCGCCUGCGCCGGGCAGCCACCCCGGGCCCAGCCUCCGGGCGGCCCUGCAGGCGGCCAGUCUCCUGGCAGCCCGGGGCACCUGGGCCCAGACGUCUGUGUUCGACGGGGACGACCUGGCCAGACUGGGUGUGAAGGAGGCCGAGCUCCAUCCGCUCCUGGACAAGCGGCUCCUCCACAAGGACAGGGACUGUGGGGGCUGCUACUCCUUCAUCCACCUCAGUGUCCAGCAGUUUUUUUCCGCCAUGUUCUAUGCCCUGGAGGACGGCCCCAGGGGCCGCACGGCGGAGGUGCAGAAGCUGCUGUCCAGGGAGGAAAGACUCCAGAACCCCGGCCUGGCCCAGGUGACCCGCUUCCUGUUCGGCCUUGCAGGCGAGGAGCCCGCCCGGGAGCUGGAGACGACCUUUGGCUGCCGGGUGUCCACGAAGGUGGUGCGGGAAAUGCUGAAGUGCGGGUCCGAGCCCAGCGGGAGGCACCCCUUCUCCUCGGUGAUGGACGCAAAGGAGGUUUUCUUCUGUCUUUACGAGUCUCAGGACGGGCAGCUCGUGCAGGAGGCGAUGGGCCAGGUCAAGGACAUCUCCGUACACCUGGCCAGCACCCCUGAGCUGACACAGUCUUCUUUCUGCCUCAAGCAUUGUCAGAAUUUGCAGAAAAUGUCCCUCCAGGUGGACAAGGGGCUGUUCCUGGAGAAUGAUGCCGAUGCUGCUGCGGGCACUGGGGCUGCCAGGUCUCAGCACGACCACCACACUCUGUGCCUCUGGAUGGAUUUCUGCUCUGUGUUCAGUUCAAACCAGAACCUAAGCUUUCUGGAAGUGAGUCAGAGCUUCCUGAGUCACUCCUCCGUGAGGAUUCUUUGUGAGCACAUCACCCAUGUCACUUGUCGCCUCCAGAAAGUGGUGAUUAAAAACGUGUCCCCUGCAGCUGCGUAUGGGGACUUCUGCCUGGCGCUCAUCGGCAAGAAAACGCUCACGCACCUGGGCCUGGAGGGCGGCAGCCUCGGGGACCACAGGCUGCUGGUGCUGCUGGGGGAAGCCCUGAAGCACCCGCGGUGCCAUCUGCAGAACCUGAGGCUGGGAUCUUGCUCUAAAUCCCCUCAGCAGCAGGCCAGCGGCUCCUCAGGCAGGGGAAACGCCAGGUUGCUGGAUUGCUGGGACCUCACAGCCGGGGACCUCCUCGAUGAGAAGGUCAAGGUGCUGUGCUUGACGCUGAGACACCCAAAGUGCUUCCUACGGAAGUUGUCGUUAGAAAACUGUCACCUCACAGAAGCCUUCUGUGAGGAGCUGUCUCCUGCUCUGCUCGUUAACCAGACACUGACCCACCUGUGCUUGGCCAACAACAGCCUUGGAGAUGAUGGGGUGAAACGUCUGUGUGAGGGCCUGAGUUACCCUGAAUGUAAACUACAGACUCUGGUGCUGCGGGACUGUGAUAUCACCAGACGUGGCUGUAAAUACAUCUCCGAGCUUCUCCAAGGAGACUGCAGCCUGACCAGCUUGGACCUGGGUUUUAACCCCAUAGCUGCUGGGCUGUGCUUCUUCUGUGAGGCAUUGAAGAAGCCAAGUUGUAACCUAAAAUGUCUAGGGCUCCAGGGCUGCUCCAUCACUGCCUUUGGGUGUCAGGACCUUGCGGCUGCUCUCGUCAGCAAUCUGAGGCUGGAGACACUGGACCUGGGGCAGAACGACCUGAGGCAGAGGGGAGUGAUGGUGCUCCUUGAGGCUUUAAAGCAAAGUAAUGGCCCCUUGAAGACACUCAGGCUGAAGUUGGAUGCACCCAGCAUGGAAGUCCAGGCGCUGCUGAGAGAAGUGAAGGGCAGCAACCCCUGGCUGACGGUCGAGUGGAGUGACGUCGGGACGGCCAGGUCCUCAUGCUGUGACUUCCUGUCCUGAAUGCCUGAGGUCAGGGCAGCAUCUGCUGCCUUGCGGGGCCUAAGGAAUGUGGAGGCCUGUGACCUCUGUCUUGGAGGGCAGGGGCGUGUGUUCAUAGUGUAGAAGUUAGCCCUGAUGUUCGGGCCCUGGGCUACAAUAAAUCCUGCAAAAGUUGCAUACC